AUGUAUUUGGGCAGUAGUGGCGAGAGAACAUUAUUUUCCGUGGAAACCAUUAAUGGUCGAUCAAUAAGUGCCCAUUCACAUUAUGAUAAUCAAGAGGAAGUUAUGCUUCUGCCUGGUACUCGCAUGACAGUUAAAAUGCAAAUGAAUCCGUCACUCGAUCUUUAUAGCAUACAUUUGGUUCAGGUGAUUCCAGAUGAAAUAUUACUGGAACCACCAUUCGAAGGUGCACGUCUGUUCCCCCACAUAAAGAAACAACAAAAGCAUCGUUUAGACGUCUCAAAAUGUAUCAUGUUUUGA